AUGAAAAAAAAAAUUGAUCAAGAAUACAAACGACUCUAUGAUGAAACUGGUAAAAAUCUUACUAAAUAUGCGUUUCCAACAGAUGAUUCACGUGCAACGGAAUUUUUUUCUGAAUUGAAACAUUUACGUGCACAACUUUAUGCCAAGCCAUUACCUAAAAAACUUAAAGCCAAUGCUCGAUAUAUUUAUAAAAUGAUCAAAUCAAUGCAACGAAAAUUACGUAAAGCAAAUAUUACUGUUGGACAAAUUGAUAAAAGUAAAUUAUUUUUCUUUAUUGAUACACAAGAAUAUGAAGAAAAAGUUAAAAAUUAUAUGAAUAAAACUAAUGCUUAUCGAGGAAUUACGAGUGGUAUUUGUCCAUUAGCCAAUGACUUACAUUUAGUAAUAUUAUUACUUGAUCAUUUACAUGAAAGGAAGGAAAUUACCGAUGAACAGUACAAACAAAUGUAUCCGAAUUUAAAAACAUUAGAAUUAGCUCAUAUCUAUUUCGAUCUUAAAGUACAUAAGCCUGAAAUAUCAGUUCGACCUAUUGUUGCCUCAAUCAAUGCACCAGCUAGACUAAUAUCUAGUUUUCUUGAUCAACUUCGUACUCCAAUUUAUAAUUAUGUAACAAAAGAUAUUACAUUUAUUAAUAGUAUCGAUUUGAUUCGAAAAUUAAAUAAAUAUCAACAGAAAGGUUAUCUUACUUCGACAACAUUAUUUGUUAUAUUUGAUGUCACUGAUUUAUAUACAAUGAUACCAUGUGAUGGUGCUAUUGCUGCUUUAAGACAAUUUUGUCAAAAAUAUUCAACAAAUAGAAAAAUUGGAAAUCUUAAAGUAGAAACAAUCAUUAAAUUAGCAUCUAUUGUUUUAGAUACAAUUUCAUUUGCAUAUAAAAAUAAAUAUUAUCGACAAAUUAAAGGUGGUGCUAUGGGUUCACCAUUUACUAUGGUUUUAGCCAAUAUAUAUAUGUUAGAAUGGGAACAAAAAUUAAUUCAACAUCAAAAUAGACAUCAUGAAAUUUAUGGCCGAUAUAUUGACGAUGUAUUUAUGACUACAAAUCUAUCAAAAGAAGAUAUUUUAAAAUUAUUAGAUGAAACUGUCAGAACAGAUCCGAACAUUAAAAUUACUUUUACUAUCAAUCAAGCAUUAGAAUAUCUUGAUGCUAUCGUGGAAAAUAAUAAUGGACAAUUAAGAACAACAAUUUAUCAUAAAUCAGCUUGGGAACCUCAUAUUCUACCUUAUGAAUCUGAUCAUCCACGACAUAUUCAUGCCAAUAUAAUUUAUACAAUGUUAGUUAGAGCAGCACGUCUCUGUUCAACGGUAGAAGAUUUUGAUAUGGAACGAUUAAGUACAGAAAUGAUAUUACUAGUGAAUGGUUAUCCACCAAAAUUUAUACAACAACAUAUAAAAAACUUCUUUAUUCAACAUGAUGCUAUGAAGCCAACACGAAAAGAAAGUAAAACUAAAGUCCAGGCAAAUGGUCAACUAAUUCAUAAUAAUAGUAAUUAUGAACAUAAAGAUCAAAUUUAUCUUCAUUAUACAUUUGAAAAUGGACCAUUAUUAAACUUCAAAAAAGAAUAUCGUCAAAUAUGGGAAAAAUUCUAUGUUUAUCCAGGAUCACGUCUCAAAAAUACACGACUUAUUCUCGGUACAAUAUUGAAUGGUACAUUACAAAGUCUUUUGAUUCAUAAAAAACCAAAACGUGAUAUGUUGACCAUAAUGCAACCAAGUACAGAAACAGCACGAAGAACAAUCAACGAAAAACAUCUACAUGAAUAA